AGAAUAUUGCUCUGCCUGCACGACCCUAUGUUCCCACAUGACUACAAAGGUCAGAGAUACGGGCAAGCAGCUACUCAUUGCGUUGAUUUUUAUAACACAUAAUAAAGCUCCAGAACAGCAGGAGGACCCUUUCUUUUAUUUCUUGUUAUUAUUUUUUAUUUUAUUGCAUUUUAAAAUAAGGGAGAAUCAUGUUUCUCUGUUUCUUGUUUGCAGUUUGUAUAUUAUCCCCUCGUCACGUCUGCGGAUACACUUUAAGAGAAGAAGAAGAAGAUUUCAACCAGGAUGUUUUAGGAUCAGAUUUUCUCCAGAGUCGCCUCCAUCCUCUGUUUCACUGUCCUGACAUGAGUCCGUCUCCCACCGUCCCCACGUCAGUUGAACGCGUGAAAGCUGCAGACGUCAAAGUGAUCGCCGCUCUGGGAGACUCACUAACUACGGCCAUCGGCGCCAACGGUUCGUCGAUUCUCUCAGUACCAAUUGAAUUUCGUCAGCUCUCCUGGAGCAUUGGAGGAUAUGGGACUUACCAAAAUGUCAUCACGCUGGCAAAUAUAUUUAAACUCUUCAAUCCCAAGCUGCUCGGUCCGUCCCCGGUUAUGACGAUGCACGGCCGGCCUGCAACGAUCAACGAGACCGGAUUUAACUUCGCUGUCACCGGCCACAACACACUGAACAUCUCUGAGCAGAUAAGUCACAUGAUCGACGCGUUCAGGUCUCAUCCAGGCUUGAACUUCCAGGAGGACUGGAAGGUGGUGACGAUGCUGAUCGGCAUGAACGACGUCUGCGACUACUGUAAAAACAAAACUCUGUUCUCACCUGACAGUUUCAUUCACCACAUGACAGAAGCUCUGGACAUGAUGAUGAAUGAGAUCCCCAGGACGAUCGUGAACGUGGUGCAGAUUCUUUCCAUGAAGCCGCUCAGGGAGGUUCAGAGACCGACUCUGGGCUGUCAGCUGCAAAAGAGAUUCUGCUCUUGCCUCGUUCAACCUGAGGAAAACUCGGCCGAACUGAAGGAGCUGGUUGAGGUUAACUACAGACUCCAGAAGAGAUUAGAGCAGCUUCUUCACAGCGGCCGGUUCUUCAAACAUGACUUUGCUGUUGUUCUGCAGCCUUAUUUAGAGAAGGCUGAACCAGCUAGACUUCCUGACGGGAGUCUUGACCUGAGCUUCUUUGCUGCAGAUUGUUUCCACUUCACAGUGAAGGGACACGAGGAGCUGGCGAAGGGCUUGUGGAACAACAUGUUCCAGCCGGAGGGAGGCAAACAGCUGGUAAAGACGUUUUCAGAGCCGAUGGAACUCAUCUGUCCUCCGAAGGUACGACGCAACAGAAAAAAGAUUUCAAGUAUGUUUGUGAUAAAAGCUGCUUUUAUCAGCUUUCAUUUCUCCAGGAGCAUCCGUACAUCUACACCAGACCUGAAUCGUCCACCGCGUCCCUGAAACCUUCCUCCAUCACGAUGCUGAUGGUCAUGAUGAUAAUGUAUCUGCUCUCUGUAUUUAUUUGACUCCCGGGCUGGUUUAAGGAGUUUAUUUCUCACUGAAAUGACUUAUCAUAUCUUAUAAUAUCUUCUUUCUGUUUUCAAAGAAGUCAAAGUUCAGACCAGGACUCUAAUCAGCCAUAACAUUAUGUCUAAUAACAUGUAAAUCCUCCUUUUAGCCGCCAAAGCAGCCCUCGCUCAGUGAGGCCUGGGCUCCUCUAACAGUGUGCGCUGUGGUAUCUGGCGCCAAAGAUUUUUUUUAGCAACAAAUCAUUUAAGUCGCGCAGGUUUGUCCAGAAAAAUCCCACAGAUGCUGGACGGGAUUGAGGUCUGGGAAAUACAAAGCAUUCCUGAACCGUUUCAGGGUCACUGCUAUAAAAGGGCGUGCAUGGAGUGCAGUGAUGCUGUGAUGUGUCAAAAUACCAUCCGCAUGAAUUUUCGGAGCACAGCGUCAUGUGAUGAUGAUUCUAUCAGACCAGACCACCUACCUUCCAUGUCUCUGUGGUCCAGGUCUGAUGCUCAUGUGUCCGUUGUAGCAGUUACUAACACAUUUUUCCUGCAUCUAACAUCAAUUUUGAGGACAAAAUCUUGACUUGCUGCCUCAUAUAACUGACUAGGCGCCAUAAUAACCAGAUAAUCAGUGAUAUUCUCUUCAUUUGUCAUGAUAUUAUGGGUGAUUUCACCCAUGCAAACCGGAAAUACAUAAAUCUGCCCAGCAACCAAACUAAAAACAAGAAUUUUGACGUUCAACCAUAGUGAAUCUCUUUGUUAGUCAUAAAGUCUCUGAACUCUCAUUUCUUUCCAUUAUGUUUUAAAAAUGUCACCUGUAUUUAAAAUACUUACACAAAUAAAUGUACAUUCACAUGUACACUG